GCCGGGCCGAGCCGAGCCGAGCCGAGCCGAGCCGAGCUGCCAUUGUUCCUUGUCCGGCGGGAGCGGAGCCCCGAGCUGGCGUUGCAACAUGACGACAGAGAAGAGCCCAGAGGCCGAGAACGAGACCCCCCGGCGCCAGCCACGGAAAGCGGGGGAGGAGGAACGGCGGGAGGAGGCGUCGCGGCCGGCCGGCGGCGGGGAUGACCGGUCCGGGCAGCAGCAGGUGGCGGCGGAGCCCCCUCACGGCCCGGCCACCCCCGAGCCCCUGAGCAGGCGGCGGACUGCCGAGGGCAGGGGCCUUUCCCGGCUCUUCUCCUCCCUCCUCCGGAGGCCCAAGGCGCAGGGCCCUGCGGACAGCGAGGCCGCGGACGACAAGGCCACAGACGGUGGGGCUGCUGCAGGGUCGGCCCAGGAGAACGGGGAGGGCAGCGGGCAGGGGGAUGUGGGUGUCGCUGCUGGCCUGGACGGCGAGAUACUCCUGAAGGCUCCCAUCGCCGAUCCGGAGCCAGAACUCAAAACUGACCCGUCGCUGGACCUGCACUCGCUCAGUAGUUUGGAAACCCAGCUGGCACAGGAGGAGCUCAGGGAGGAACCGGGCUCUGAAGCCCGAGGGGGGGACGAGCCGGAAGAGAGCUCCCGGACGGAAGGGGCGCAGCGGGACGGCGCCGACGCGGACUCCAGGCCACCGCCGAAGGCGGGGCGGCGGCACCGGAACAUGAAUUGCCGCGUCUCCCUACUGGACGGCACCACCUACGAGUGCGUGCUGGAGAAACACGCCAAGGGGCAGGACCUGAUCCGGAAGGUGUGUGACCACCUCAACCUCCUAGAAGAGGAUUACUUUGGCCUGGCUAUAUGGGACACUCCCACAUCCAAGACCUGGCUGGACUCGGCCAAGGAGAUCCGAAAGCAGGUGCACGGGGCCCCGUGGAACUUCACCUUCAGUGUGAAGUUCUAUCCUCCUGACCCGGCGCAACUGACGGAGGACAUAACAAGGUACUACCUGUGUCUCCAGCUGCGGCAGGAUAUCGUCACAGGGCGGCUGCCCUGCUCCUUCGCCACACUCGCCCUGCUGAGUUCCUACACCGUACAGUCGGAGCUGGGCGACUUUGAUCCGGAGCUACACGGGGAUGACUACGUCAGUGACUUCCAUCUGGCGCCGAACCAGACCAAGGAGCUGGAGGAGAAGGUGUCGGAGCUUCACAAGUCGUACAGGUCCAUGACUCCGGCCCAGGCUGACCUGGAGUUCCUCGAGAACGCCAAGAAACUGUCCAUGUACGGUGUCGACCUUCACCAGGCGAAGGACUUGGAGGGCGUUGACAUUGUGCUGGGCGUUUGCUCCAGCGGCCUCCUGGUCUACAAGGACAAGCUGAGGAUCAACCGCUUCCCCUGGCCCAAGGUGCUGAAGAUCUCCUACAAACGGAGCAGCUUUUUCAUCAAGAUCCGACCAGGAGAGCACGAGCAGUACGAGAGCACCAUUGGCUUCAAGCUGCCCAGCUACCGCGCUGCCAAGAAGCUGUGGAAAGUGUGUGUGGAGCAUCACACCUUCUUCAGGCUGACCUCCACCGAGGCCGUUCCCAAGAACAGGUUCUUGGCCCUGGGCUCCAAGUUCCGCUACAGUGGCCGCACCCAGGCCCAGACGAGGCAAGCCAGCGCCCUGAUCGACAGGCCGGCCCCCCAGUUUGAACGCACCACCAGCAAGAGGGUCUCCCGUAGCCUCGAUGGAGCCACUGCUGCAGCCGAGGGAACCCCGGGCCGCAGCCCCCGGCCCAAGUCUGCCCCCGCCAUCGCCCAGAGCCACGUCGCUGAGGGGGGCGUCCCCGGGACCUCCAGGAAGCCCGGGAUGUCCAGAGUGGAUGGGGAGGUGGCGAAGGCGGACAGGAAACUGGAGGAAUCCCAAGCCCAUCAAGCUAUCCCAGAAUCCUCAGAGGUACGGAAGGUGGAGAAGAUGCCUGUCGAGGGCGAGGUUUCCUCCGCUGCCAACGGGGACCCAGUCCAGCCACCCCCCACGGAGAAGCUCGAGGACCCCGUGCGCAUGAGGAAGAAGAGAUCAAAGAGACUAGAUGGUGAAAGCAUUUAUAUCAGACAUAGCAAUUUAAUGUUGGAGGACUUGGACAAGACCCAAGAGGAAAUCAAGAAGCACCAUGCCAGCAUCAGCGAACUGAAGAAGAACUUCAUGGAGUCAGUGCCCAGCCGGCGGCCUAGCGAGUGGGACAAGCGCCUGUCCACCCACUCCCCGUUCCGGGCGCUCAAACGCCAAUGGGCAAGUCCCACCGGAGAUGGCCCUCCGCUGGUGAAGACGCAGGCCGUGACCAUCUCGGACACAGGCGAGGCCGUGAAGACUGAAAUCCCGACCAAAGACGUCCCCAUCGUACACACCGAGACCAAGACCAUCACUUAUGAGGCCGCCCAGACGGAAGAUGACGGCAGUGAGGAUCGGGACCCUGGUGUUCUGCUGACAGCCCAGACCAUCACUUCAGAGACCACGAGCAGCACGACCACCACUCAGAUCACCAAGACGGUGAAGGGAGGCAUCUCGGAGACCCGCAUUGAGAAGAGGAUUGUCAUCACGGGAGAUGCGGACCUCGACCACGAUCAGGUCCUCGUCCAGGCCAUAAAGGAGGCGAAGGAGCAGCACCCAGACAUGUCUGUGACCAAGGUGGUGGUGCACCAGGAGACGGAAAUUGCCGACGACUAAACUCAGGAACAACCCCGCCCUGCCCUUCCGUGUGUCGGCCCGCCGCCGAGGGAGCCGCCCGCCCCCACAGCCCGGCGCAGCCCCGGGGGGGCCGCCUGCCGGCGCAGCUUUUGCAGUGGGGAGGGUGGGGCCGUCCCUAGAGCCCGGGGGUCCGUUACUGCAACGGCCGCGACCCCUGAGGGCCUUCCGCCACUCCCUCUCCUCUCCCUCCCUCCCAGCGAAUGUUUUUAUCUUUUUUCAGGGUUUUUGGCUUCCCUCGUCUCGGGGCGGGCCCCCUGCCCCUUUCCCCAGCCGGGAGGCGCAGGCUGGAGUACUUGCAGAGACCCUGGACCCUCCAGGAGACCGGGGCUGGGGGCGUGGAAGGGGGGGUGUAUUUUUACCUGCUUUUCUGAGCUGUGUCACUAGCUGUUUUAGAGCAAAGAAAUUGGAACUUGUCUCCGA